CUACGUGACAAACCCGAAAAUAUCGAGGAACGUGAAUACUUGAACUCGUUGGGUUAUAAAAAUCUCGACACAAUGCAGAGAAAGACCUAUCAAAUGCUGAGAAUAUUAGAACCGAUGUUCAACUUUAGCUUGCAAGUCGAAGUUGGAAAACUUUGGGGCGAACCCUCGCCUAAUGGCAGCUGGGAUGGUAUUAUUGCUAUGCUAUUGUCCGGUGAAGUAGAAUUAACGCUCACCCCUAUGCGUUUCGUGUCCAAUCGUGUUUAUGUAAUGGAUUACACUUCAGCUCUUCACACGGAAUUCGUUUUCUUCUUAUUCCGUCAUCCACGUCGCAACGAUAUACGCAACAUUUUCUUUGCGCCAUUCGUAGACGAGGUAUGGUACUCUGUUGCUGCGGUCAUUAUAUUAACCGUACUGUUGCUGCAGCUGCAUCUGCAUCAUGAAAAUCGGUUUCUUUUGAAUAAAGAUCCACAUUUCGAGUGCCGUUUCGAUUAUGCGAUCCUAUCUAUUUUGGAGGCUUUUUUCAUGCAAGGCCCCUCACAUAAUGCCUUUGCUGCAACCUCAACACGUAUACUCAUCUUUUUUGUUUGCCUGUUUAGCUUGUUGUUGCAGCAAUUCUACGGAGCGUUCAUUGUAGGCUCACUGCUAGCUGAAUCGCCACGUACAAUUACCAAUUUGGAGGCGCUCUAUAACAGCAGCCUGGAGAUCGGUAUGGAGGAUAUUCCAUACAAUGUUGGAAUAUUUCAGCAACAUAAAUCACCGUUAGUGCAUGCGGUAUAUACACAGCGUAUUUGCAAGAACCGCGAGCGGCAUGUUCUGACGAUUGAUGAAGGUGCUCAACGUAUAAAAGACGGUGGUUUCGCAUUUCACGUAUCUGCUAACCGAAUGUAUGUAAUACUAAGGAGCAUUCUAACUGAAAGGGAAUUCUGUGACUUGCAGGAGGUAUCCUUCAAUCCACCUUUACAUCUUGGCAUCGGUGUAGCUAAAAGUUCGCCAUUUCGUGAAUACUUGAUGACUGGUAUUUUAAAAUUGCGCACCACUGGUCUAAUGCAGCAAAACGAUAAUCGAUGGCAAAUACCAAAAAUGGACUGCAGUUUGAGUCAGAAUAGUGAAGUGGAAGUAGAUUUGCAACACUUUUUGCCGGCAAUAAUCUUGCUGGGCUCAGUAAUGUUGCUAAGCGUUGGUGUCUUAAUUUUAGAGGUGAUCUAUUACAAUUUGGAAUACGGUUUGAAAUUGGCACGAUUUUGCCCGAGCAUUUUGCCAAAACACAAAAUCGAAUUUAUUAACUGA